AUGGACGACAGUGGUAAUGUUCAUGGGAAUGUUGAAGUUUCAUCAGAUGCUAUGGCCACCGAGAAAGGAAGUAGGAACAAGAGGAAAUUCUUAUCUGAUUUGGCAAUAGACAUUCCAAUUGAUGUAUCGACCCUUUCUCUGACAGAAUUCCCAAGAUAUGAGAUGUUGGAGGAAAAAUUUCGGAAUGCUUUGAGUGAGUUGGGGUCGCUCGUGUCAAGGUCAGAAAAGAUUGUUGAGGAAGCGGAAGUGGAAGAAUACCAAUCCUCCGAUUGGGACGAUCCCAAUACAUGUCAGCUGGAGAAACUUUUAACUAAUAAUUUACUUGCGACUUUCCGCAGUGCAGUGAAGAAGAUUGUUGAAUGUGGAUACAAUGAGGAAACUGCUGAGUGGGUCGUUUUAAAUUGCGGCAUAUAUCAUGGUCGUAAAGAUGCAGUGUCAAAUGUUGUGGAUGGUGCUUUGGCUUUAUUGAAGAGGGAAAAGGAGUUCAAUAUUCCUAGGCUUCCUGUAUUUCAGGAUUUACCAAGUUUGGCAGAGUACACGUUGCUGGAAAUGAUACAUGUUCUUCGGGAGGUUAAGCCAUCUUUGACUAUUGUUGAAGCAAUGUGGUGUCUUUUACUAUCUGAUUUAAACCUCUUAAAUGCGUGCGCAGUGGAGCGAGAUUCUUCAGGUUGGAUUGGUGGAAUUUGUGGGCCUAAAGGUCCUGGAGUAAACUCUGAAAAUACGUUUUUUGAAUCUAAACCCAAGGUGUCGGACCCCAGCCAUUCAAAUACUAACAAACCACAUAACCCGAAACAAUCAAUCCAAAGUUCUCAACCCAGAAACCUUAUUGCGGGAGCUGUUUCUCGGUUACCAAACUCCAAAACUUCCCGGCCUAGUGAAGUGGCUAACCUUAAGAAAGGAAGUUCGUCUUGUCAUCAAGAUGCAAAGGUAAAGUUUUCAGGCAUCACUAGGGAGCAUAUUCAGACUUCAUCCCAAGCAACAGUUUUGGAUGAAAAAUCAGGGGGUGGUCGAAAAGGACCGUCAGGUAAUUCCAAGAGAGACAUGCUUCGACAGAAAGCAUUUCACUUUGAGAAAAGUUACAAGGGUCGUGUGUCUAAGGGAGCUUUCAAAGCAAAGGUUGCUGCCUGGGGCAAUAUGGUAUUGGACAAGACUUUGAAAUCACAAUCUGAUUCUUCUGGUGUUGUAAUGAAGAGUCAUCACCCUUCAAGCAAUUCAGUUUUAAGUGUACCUUCAAGCAUCUCGCCUGUUAAAGAUACAAGGAUCACGCCUAAUAAAGAUACUGAUGCAUUACCUGCAAAGGACUCUAAAUCUCCUGCAUCGUCAGUCCCUGAAUCCACAUUUCCUUCUGACGCUGAAGUUGACGUUUCUGGUCCUUCCAGGGCUACUACUGAUUACUAUGCAGCAAUCCCAUACGAUGAAUCACUCCAGAGUCAUGUCCCUCAAGAUGACAAAGAUGAAACCUUACUGAUACUAGUGCCCCAUAAGCAAGUACUUGAGAAGGAGCUCCGAGGCUGGACAGAUUGGGCAAAUGAGAAGGUUAUGCAGGCUGCUCGGAGGCUGGGGAAGGAUCAGGUCGAGUUGAAAACUUUGAGGAAGGACAAAGAAGAGAUGGAAAAAUUUAAGAAGGAGAAGCAAUCUUUGGAGGAGAAUACCAUGAAGAGGCUUUCAGAAAUGGAGUAUGCAUUGUCUAAUGCCACUGGCCAGAUUGAGGUGGCUCACUCCACUGUUCGCAGGCUUGAAGAGGAGAAUACUGCAUUGAGGAAAGAAAUGGAGGCUGCAAAACUGCAGGCUCUAGGAUCUGCCACUAAUUUGCAGGAAGCUAUGUUGAGAGAGCAAGAGGCUCUGAAGAAGUCCCAAUCCUGGGACGUGCAGAAGGGAUUGUUUCUCGAGCAACUGACGAACCUAAAACGCCACGCUGCUGAGCUGCAGAAUCAACUAGAAAAGACUAAAGAACGAAAGGACCAGUUCAAGAUCCUUUGGAGGCAAGAAGAAAAAGAGAAAGGCAGAGCUGUAUCUCGAAUUGAUUUCUUUAAGAGUAAAAGAGAAGAUGAGGAUGCCUUAGCAAAGGCAGAGGAGGAUGACUUGAAACAAGUGGCAGAGCUUGAUGUCCAAAAGUGUAAAGACGACAUCAAGAAGCUCGAGAAUAUAAUCUCUGAAUUGAGAUUUGAGUCUGAAGCUUCAAAAAUAGCCGUAAUGAAAAGAGGCAUUGAUCUGGGUUAUGGCUCUACUUUUCAUGGAGGUUCUUUGCACCCAAUGCAACAUCCUGCAUGA